AAGAAGAGUUAUAUCUUUUAUUGGUUAUUCUAAACGGUUAAGGAAAAAGCAUUUAGGAAAAAACUGAAAAAAAAAUUAAUUUCGAAUUACUCUCAUUCAUGUACUGUAUGUAAAAAACUUUUCUUGAAUUUAUACUGAGCUAUUCAAAAAUGGGAUUGAAAAUUGAAGAAGAAAAACUAUAUCUUCCAUCUUUCAUUGGCGGGGGAGUAGCGGGUUUAACAGUCGAUCUAGUUCUUUUCCCACUUGAUACCUUGAAAACAAGGCUACAGGCCGAACAUGGUUUUCACAGGGCAGGCGGCUUCAACGGAAUAUACAAAGGUAUCGGCCCACAAGCGAUAGGAAGUGCUCCGCAAGCAGCUUUAUUUUUUGUGACUUACGAGACCAUAAAGUACUAUCUGGAACCGUCCGUGCCAAAAUACGGAGUACCUGCAGUUCACAUGGUCGGAGCUUCAAUAGCUGAAGUGAUGGCAUGUUUGAUUAGGGUUCCCAUAGAAGUCGUCAAACAGCGGAGACAAACCCACCCUGGAAAUAAGUCUUCAAUGAGAAUAGCCUUGUCAGCAUACAAACACGAAGGAUUUAGAAAAGGCUUGUAUCGAGGCUUCGGCUCGACUGUGCUGCGGGAAAUCCCAUUUUCAGCCAUACAAUUCUCCAUUUUAGAAUACUUGAGAAGUUGGUUCAGGAAAAAUUUCAAAAAUAACAUUCCACUGGAGUCUUAUGAAGUUGCUGUCUGCGGCUCGAUAGCAGGGGGUAUUGCAGCAGCUGUGACGACACCUUUAGACGUUGCCAAAACUAGGAUAAUGUUAGCAAAUAGAAAACAAGUUAGGACUGGUCAAGUUACAAUAAGGAAUACGUUGAGGAACAUUUAUGCUUCAGAUGGGUUCAAAGGUCUAUUCGCAGGGUUCGUUCCUAGAGUAAUGUGGAUAACUAUAGGGGGUUAUAUAUUUUUCGGAAGUUACGACUUUUCCAAAAAUAUGUGUAAUGCAUUGCUUACCGGUGAAUAUUGA